AUUAAAAUAAGGAGAUAAUCCGCCUAAUGUUUUAAAACGGACGAAACUGCUACACGGAUACUGUACAACGUUAAUACAAUGAGUGCUAAACGAGAACACCCUCCUGAUAAAGUUAAUUCUAAAAUCAAACUUAAAAAGAAUGAUAAUAAUAAUAUAAUUGUACAAAUGGCAGACGUAUUGCAUACAAAUGUGAAAGAAAAACUUAAAAAGGCAUUUGUGCAAAAAAAUACAUAUUUGGAAGAUAAAUGUGGUCCAGUCCUUUCACAAGAACCAUUCUGUCACAUUACUAUACCACAGUUUAUACAAGAUGUCCACUUCUUGAAGCAGUUAGAAGGAGAACUGUCCAGUCUUUCAUAUGUAGAGAAAAAUAACGAUCUGUAUAAAUUUCAUCAGAGCUGUGAUUUGAAAAAUAUUAACUUACCACACAUAAAAGCACUGAAUGAAUUGCUCCAGGGUGAGUUUCACAGCUGGCUAUCGGACGUCACCGGGAUUCCUCUCUCAGAGAAUGUUAAUAUCUUCUGUUCCAAGUACAAGUAUACAGAUGUGUUGCUAUGUCAUGAUGAUGAGCUAGAAAGCAGGAGGAUAGCCUACAUUCUGUACCUCGUCCCUGAUAGCUGGAGUUCGGCUGAUGGGGGAACUCUAGAUCUCUUUGACACGGAUGAGAAUGGCCAGCCUCGUAACAUAGUGAAGUCUAUUUGUCCACAAAGAAACUGUCUAGCUUUGUUUGAGGUGACGGAAAAAUCCUUCCAUCAGGUAGCAGAAGUUUUAUCGAGAUACAAGACUCGACUUUCCAUCACAGGGUGGUACCAUGGUCCUCCAAUAUCCCGACCUCCACCGUUCAUUGAGCCAGCUGCCUCCCUGACUCCAUGUGUAUCGUUAGAGGAAAGUGAACUUUAUGCAUGGAUAAAUCCUGUGUAUCUAAAUCCUGAAACCCAGGUGGAAAUCCGGGAAACAUUUGAAUCAGAUUCUGAAAUACAGCUUCAAGACUUUUUACAGUCAAAGAAAUAUUCUGAAUUGUUGCUGGCUUUACGUUCACAAAAUGUUGAAUGGAACUCAAGAGGACCAGCUCAUAAAAGAAACUACUGUACAUGUGACACGACCAACCAGCCAACCAUAGUGCAGGACUGUGUGAGAUUCUUCCAAUCAGAUGCCAUGUUUCUGAUCCUGUCCAAUCUCACUGGACUCAAGUUGCAUGAACUGGCAUCUGUUUCAGAUUCUGACUCAGACCAGGAUGGUGAAAGCUCCAGUGCUAGAGGCGAGGACUGUUCCACAAAUAAAUCUGACACCCCAAGGUGCGGUAGUGAGGUUAGACAGUGGUCCCAUGGAAACUACACAUUGGUUCACGACACAGACCGAGACAUCUCACAGGUGGCGCUAGAUACUGUACUCAGUAUCGGGUGUAAAGACUGGCAGCCCAAUUACGGUGGAUUUACGUCUUACAUUGCCAAAGAAGAAGAUGAAGAGCUCUUGACCGUGUAUCCGGUGGAGAACUCUCUGGCUCUCGUCUACAGAGACGUCAGUACACUGCGCUUUGUGAAACACAUCAACCACUCUUCCGUGGAUGCAGAUUGCAAAAACAUUUAUGAUAUCGCUACAGUGUAUUACGAGUGAAUGCCUGAGACACAUAGUUCCUGUCAGGCAUCUACAGAGACGUCUGUACACUGCGCUUUGUGAAACACAUCAACCACUCUUCCGUGGAUGCAGAUUGCAAAAACUUUUAUGAUAUCGCUACAGUGUAUUACGAGUGAAUGCCUGAGACACAUAGUUCCUGUCAGGCAUCUACAGAGACGUCUGUACACUGCGCUUUGUGAAACACAUCAACCACUCUUCCAUGGACGCAGAUUGCAAAAACUUUUAUGAUAUCGCUACAGUGUAUUACGAGUGAAUGCCUGAGACACAUAGUUCCUGUCAGGCAUCUACAGAGACGUCAGUACACUGCGCUUUGUGAAACACAUCAACCACUCUUCCGUGGACGCAGAUUGCAAAAACUUUUAUGAUAUCGCUACAGUGUAGUACGAGUGAAUGCCUGAGACACAUAGUUCCUGUCAGGCAUCUACAGAGACGUCUGUACACUGCGCUUUGUGAAACACAGCAACCACUCUUCUAUGAACGCAGAUUGCAAAAGCUUUUAUAUCGCUACAGUGUAUUACGAGUGAAUGCCUGUGACACAUAGCUCCUAUGAUGGGUGUCGGUUGUGUGUGCAGGAAUUGAUGCAGGGUGGGUCUAGACUUGAGUGUGUGAAGUUUCUAGUGGGAGGUCGAGCGCUGCUGCCCCCCCCCCCCCCCCCAUAAAAAAAAAUAUACAUUGAAAAAAAGAAGAGAAAAUUUGCUUCAAGUUGGCAGGUAUCAACCCUCAGAACUAACCUCCCAGCCAACAUGUUUGCCUGUUGAGAGUAGAGGACGUCUUGAAAGGAAGGGAAUGGGAAAACAUGUUUGUUUAUCUCUUGCAUAGUGAGAUAUCCCUUGGCAUGUUGUUAAUUUAAUUACAUUAUGGACAUGAUGGUACACUGAGCCUUAUUCUUAGUAUGUCUGUCCAUUACAUUAUUCCAGCAUAGACAUGAAAAUAUUAAUGAUACUACAGCAGCAGAGAGGUGGACACACAGCAAAAUGGUACGUUUGAAAAAAAGUUGUUUUGUUUAACAACAACACUAGAGCACAUUGAUUUAUUAAUCAUCGACUAUUGGAUAUCAAUCAUUUGGUAGUUUUUACAUAUAGUCUUAGAGAGGAAACCUGCUACA